ACUCAGCAUGCUGUAUAAAAGACAAGUGGACUCAGAAUUUACCUUUCGAGUGGCAUACCAUGUGAUUAUUUAUCUUAAGCAAUUUUGUCUUCCCUGUCAUUUGAUGCGGUUAGCCAGAACCAGGAUUGUAUCAGAGUGAUAGUAAGAUGUGCUCAAUGAUUACAUUCACCACCAUUCUACUGAUGGCUUUCUGGCAACUACUUGCUGCCACUAGCUACCGCCGUGUGUGUUACUACACAAAUUGGUCUCAGUACCGAAUAGAUCAGGCAAAAUUCACCCCAGCCAAUAUUGAUCCAAGCCUCUGUUCACACAUUCACUUUGCAUUUGCAAAAUUGGUCAAAAAUAAACUUUCACCGAUUGAAAACAAUGAUGUGCUUAUGUACCAGAAGAUUUCCGAUCUGAAAAAUAAAAAUAAUGAUUUGAAGUUGGUCUUAUCAAUCGGAGGGUACAAUGCAGGAAGUUCAGACUUCAGAAGUUUGGUAUCAACAAAGAGGUCAAGGAAGAUGUUUGCAGUUCAAACGGUUUCCUUCCUAAGACACCACAAUUUUGAUGGUUUGGACAUUGACUGGGAGUAUCCGACAGCCAGUGACAAACAGAAAUUUGUCAAACUCGUUUGGGAACUCCGUCAGAAUUUUGACAAAGAAGGCAAACGAACUCAGAAAGAACCUCUGUUGCUGACCUGUGCAGUGGCUGCAGGCAAGAAUAAGAUUGAGGCCGGUUAUGAUGUGGCCAACUUAGCCAAACUGAUGGACUACAUUUCUGUCAUGGCGUAUGAUUUCCAUGGACCAUGGAACAAUGUGACAGGGAUGAAUGCUCCUUUGUUUCCAGCAUCUUAUGAACGAUUUCCUUACCAAAGACAACUGAAUGUGGUUUGGACCAUGCAGUACUGGGCUUCAAAGGGAGCACCAAGAGCUAAGCUCAAUCUCGGUUUAGCAACCUACGGACGAGGUUUUCAACUAGCAAACCUAAGAAACUCAUUUCCUGGAGCCAAAAGCAAAGGACCCUGUGAAGCUGGACAAUAUCUGGGUCAACGUGGAUUUCUUGCUUACUUUGAGCAUUGCCAUCUGAAAAACAAAACCACUUCCUACUGGAUGGAUGAUUCUAAAGUACCUUACAUUGUCAAUGGGGACCAAUGGAUUGGUUAUGAUGACCAGAAGAGCAUGAAAUUUAAGGCUGAAUGGAUGAUGAAGAUGGGGUUUGGUGGGGUGAGUGUGUGGACAUUAGACAUGGACGACUUCAAUAAUCUAUGUGGUGAUGGUGAUUAUCCACUAUUGAGACAGAUUAAUAAGAUAUUGAUGAGUGAAACAAGAUCCUAAAUACACUGGAGGAUAAUUCCAAAAUGGACAAACAAUUCAUGUAGAAACAACAUAGAGGUGUUUGUAUAUGUGGUUACUAGAGAAACUAGUAAAUAUUCCCAACACAUUGACAACAAAUAUACACUCUGUAACAUCUAUAAUUUUCUCAUUAUUGUCAUAUGACUUAAAGAAAUAAA